AAUCUUUUAAUCGGAGUAAACAAAAGGUCAUACACAUGUAAACAAAUAAUAUCUGCAACAGUUUAUAUUAUGUAGUCGAGUUACAGUGCAAUGGGAGAACGAGAUUGAUUUAUAAAGAAAAAAGUAACAUAUCAGAUGUUAAAUGGAUUGAAGAACGGCUGAAGUAUAAUGGGAAAUGAAGGCUCAAAAGCGGGACCAUCACAGCCGAUUGAUGUUAUUAAUUCAUUAAGGAAGAAUACUCCAUUCACAGUCCUUGAAACUGAUCAAAUUAUUCGCCGGUACAAUGCAAUGGACCCGUCCCCUCAGGGUAAAACUGGUAUUACUGUGGACGAGUGCAUUAUGAUGCCGGAGUUCACGGGGUGCGUGUUUGGUCCGGAUAUCAUACAGUACUACAAGGAUUCAACAACUAAAAAGAUCCAUCCGAGACAGUUUAUGAAAAUAUGUACCAUGCUAUGUAGGCGGACACCGGCGCUGAAAAAGAAAGAAUUUCUCUUUGACCUGUAUGACGUAGACAAACAGAAGGUUCUGACACAUGAUGCGUUAUUUCGUUUAUACAAACUGAUGUUUCAUGGUGCGGUAUCAGACGACCAUAUUCUGGCGCUGGUCUAUAGUGCACUUAGACACCCAAACCUGUCAAAAGAUGGAGAAGUUACCAGGGACGAAUUUUCUGACAUGAUACCGGAUGUUGAGAUUCAAGAGAGAUUGUCGGUGGACUUCGCAUUUGAUCGUUCAUUCCAGCCUGAUGUACCGGAAAAGGAAGAAGAUGAAGAAGAUGACGACGAAGACGAUGAUGAUGGCGAUGAUGAGGAGGCUGAAAGCAAAAAAUAAAUUUGUAUUUAGUUCAGUUUCCGGAUGUUGUGAAAAACAAAACUGAAAUAAUAUUUAUUACUGUAAAAGCAUGGUUAUUGGACAUUUUUAUGAACAGCAAAGUUACCGGAUGUCAUUUCUUGAUUGCUACCGGAUAUUUUUAUGACUGACAUAGUUACCGGAUAAUUUUAUGAAUAGUAUAGUUACCGGAUAAGACAUGAACAGUAUUAUUACAUAUUAAUGAGAUUAUUGACCAAACAUUGUACAUCCGUAGUUAUUAUUAUAUUUUGUUAUGCAUGCAUUUAUUUAUGUUUUGUUUAUUUCCGCUUGCAUCCAUUUUUCAUGACAGUGUUCUUGUUUAAUAUUUCCAUGUUUAAAACAAAUGCGAUUUUUUCAUUA